AUAAUCCACAGGUCAUGACUGUCGACUGAGAAACCCACGAUUGCGGCCUAAUCAUCUGGUCCUGUAUAUAAGCCAUGAAAUCGCUACAUUUAACACUUUCGUAGAGCUCUCCCCAACAGAAGAAACCAUCAUGUUCAAGAUCUUGUUUGUUGCCGCCGUGAUUGCAUUGGCCGUACGGCCAAACGACGCCGAUUUCAUUGGUGACGUGAAAGACGUCUUUGAAGGUAUAGGCAAGGGCAUUGGCGACGUCGCCACCGACGCUUUCAACCUCGUUAAGGACAAAGUGGCCCCAGCUGUCAUUGGCGCCAUCGGAGAUAUCGGUAAGGAGACCCUCAACAAGGUGGUAGAAGUUGCCCCGGAUGUGCUCAGUAAUAUCGCAACCGGCCUCAUCACCGCUGGAGCCACUGCUGCUCUCGGAAAACGUGGCGCCGAGGCCGUCGCUCUGGACCACCUCAGAAACGUCUACUCUGACUACGAGGAACUUACCGCCAUCCGCCGCGACCUCCCUUCUCUGCUCAGCCAUAUCUCGGACUUCGAGAACCACCCCGUCUACCAGAAGCUCUCUGACAAAGGCAAGGCUCUCUUCCAGGGACUUAAGGACGCCGUGAACAACAACAAGGUCGCCGAGUUCUUCACCGAAAGCGUAAAGAAUAAGAUCGUUGAGUACGCAAAGACUCUUCCCGAUGCCCUUCAACAGAAGGUUAAAGCAGCUCUCUCUGGAUUGAAAGACGUCGUGUCUAAAGAUCUCUCCAAGUACGACGCCUGGUUGAAGAACAUGGCCGCCAAGUUGAAGGCUGAUCUCACGUCUGCCGAAUUCACGUCGCUCCCUCAGGCUACACAGGACUUCUUCGUCGGUCUGGAAGCCAAGGCAGAGGAGGGCAUGGCUGCCACUGUGACCUAUCUGCAGGCUCAGGGACCUCAGACAGUCAAGUCUGUCCUCAUGAGUCUCCCAGAAAGCGUGCGCCCAUCUUUCAUGGAUGUUUUCAGCAAACUGAUGAAACUCAAGGGAAUUGUCAGCCAGUAAAUGUUUCUCAAAGAAAAUGUAACGGUCAAUUUCUCUGAGCGUUCUAUUUAUUGUGGAUAGAAUAAACGUGCGUAUUUGUUAUUUUUCCUCCA